CUGCACCCCUACCGGUUCUCGAAUUGCCCCCCAACAACAAAAACAUCGUCAUUUGACCACCUCAUCAAUAUGGCCUCCACCAACUACAAGGAAGCGUUCUCGCUAUUCGACCGCCGUGGGUCCGGGAAGGUGUCGCUGGAGUCGCUGGGCGAUUUGCUGCGCGCCUGCGGUCAGAAUCCCACCCUCUCUGAGAUUUCGGACCUGGAGAAGAGCGUCGGAGGUGACUUCGAUUUCGAGUCGUUCCUGAAGGUGCUCAACCGCCCCGGUGGAUUCCGUGAGCCCGGCGAGCCCGAUGAAUACUGUCGCGGAUUCCAGGUGUUUGAUAAGGAUUUGACUGGGUUUAUUGGAGUGGGACAGCUCCGCUACAUCUUGACGAAUCUUGGUGAGAAAAUGUCGGAUGAGGAAGUCGACGAGCUGCUCAAGGCUGUCGACACCAGCUCUGGCGAGAUCAACUACACCGACCUCGUUCGCACCAUCCUGGCCAACUAAAUGUUUCACGAUACCCUGAUGUUCUUCAUGAUCUCUCUCCUUACGACGCGAUUCUGCCCCGAGGCCGGGAGUUGUUGCUUGAGCGUAUUAGUUAGGUUAUAAUGUUAUUUAUUGUAUAUGCGUGUAGUUCAGAAUACAGUUUCAUGGUACAGUUUC